GGCUCCGUGGAGUCUUUAUCUCAGCACCUGCACGAGGAUCAAGGCGCAGGGAGCCCCAGGCAUGCGCAGGGAGGAGGGUGGAGGGGCCUUGAGAUAAGGCAGCAGACACAACACGGCGGCGUGGGGCGGGGGGACCCCCUUCCCAGCCCUCUUAAAUGGGGUGGCCCCGCUGGCCAGCACUGCCAGCCAUGGAGAGAACCACGGUGCUGAUCACGGGCUGCUCCUCAGGCAUCGGCCUGGGGCUGGCUGCACGCCUGGCAGCCGACGCCGCUCGCCGCUUCAAAGUUUAUGCCACCAUGCGUGACCUGGCCAAGGGUGAGCGGCUGCUGGAGCGCCUGGGGGGCUGCUGCCCCGACACGCUGGAGCUCCUGCAGCUCGAUGUCACUGACCCGCGCUCGCUGGCAGCUGCUGCACAGCGGGUGCAGGGACAGCGGCUGGAUGUGCUGGUCUGCAAUGCAGGGGUGGGACUGAUGGGACCGCUGGAGACCUGCUCCGAGCAGGCCAUGAAAGCUCUCUUCGAUGUGAACCUCUUUGGGGCUGUCCGCACCAUCCAGGCGUUCCUGCCGGCCAUGAAGAGCCGCAGGGCCGGGCGGAUCAUUGUCUCCAGCAGCAUCGGGGGGCUGCAAGGGCUGCCCUUCAAUGCUGUGUACUGUGCCAGCAAGUUUGCAGUGGAGGGGCUGUGUGAGAGUCUGGCCAUCGUCCUGCGCCCCUUCAACAUCCACCUGACGCUGGUGGAGUGCGGGCCCGUCCACACCAGCUUCCUGGCCAACCUGCAGCGCCCCGACCCCGAGGGCAGCGAGAUGCGGGGCCUGGACGCCGAGACACAGGGGCUGUACCGCCGGUACCUGGGGCACUGCCAGAGCAUCUUCCGCGACACGGCCCAGGAGGUGGAGGAGGUCCUGCCGCUGUUCCUGGAGGCCAUCGGCAGCCCCUGCCCACCCCUUCGCUGCGCCAGCACCCAGCUCCUCGCCCCGCUCUGGCGCCUGCGGCUGAGCAGCCCCGAUGGCUCCGCGUACGUCCGCGCCAUGCACGACUUCGUGUUCGGCGGCAGCGAUGCCGGCGGGGACCAGCCCUGAGCGGAGCCACGCCAGCACCGGAACCGCUGCCGCGCGAACCCCCAGCCGGGCCCGUUCGCGUGCUCGGUGCCGCCGCGUCCCCAAUAAAGCCCUUCGCAGCCGCACGGCUCCGGCUCCGUCCCCGUCACGCCGCGGGGCUCGCUCCGCGCUGCGGGGCCGCGCUGCGGCCGGGCGGGCCGGUCUCCU